GCUGCUGGGAGCUGGAGUCGAGGCUUCCUGCUGUCCUCUCGUUUUUUCCACCCUAGCGUCUUCAGAGUCUCUCCGGGGGAGAUAAAAACUUGCGGAGCCAGACUUCCUGGGUUUUUUUUAGGCCUACCCUACCUGCGACACACCAUCUCCCCUUCAUUUCUCCCCUCGUGGCUUUUAUUGAUUAGCCGAAUACUUGCAGACGUCAGGUGCAAUGAUGGGUAUUGGCAGACAGGAUACUUAUUGCCCCUGCCUUGGCGUGCUUUUGUGGCGUGGUGGGUUAGCGAAGACAAGACUUCAUUUAGAAGGAUUACUGAGUAGCGGCAGUGUGGCGUGCAUGGUGCCAAGCGUUGCCCAAACGAAUUCCCGCCUUGAUAGCUGAUAAUCUUGACCAGAAGAACAAGUGUCAACGAAUGCGGAAAAUGUGGAAAAAAGGUUGAUGGUUCUGGAGGAUAUGUGAUGAUAUUUGGCUUAAUGGAAGGAAUUAAGGCUUUCCUGAGAAAAUGAAGAUUUGACUCUGCUUGGCUUGUGGCGAUGUUGAAGGAAAGUUUGAUGUUUUAUUCAAUAGAGUUCGAACAAUUCAGAAGAAAAGUGGGAACUUUGACCUGCUGUUGUGUGUAGGAAAUUUCUUUGGCUCUACCCAAGAUGCAGAGUGGGAGGAAUAUAAGACUGGCCACAAGAAAGCUCCUAUUCAGACAUAUGUUCUUGGUGCCAACAACCAGGAGACAGUGCAGUAUUUCCAGGAUGCUGAUGGGUGUGAAUUAGCUGAAAACAUCACUUACCUGGGUCGAAAAGGUGUCUUCACUGGAAGCUCGGGGCUGCAGAUUGCAUAUCUCAGUGGGACAGAGUCCUUAGAUGAACCAGUCCCAAGUUACAGUUUUAGUCCCAAGGACGUGUCUUCUCUGAGAACAAUGCUGUGUUCAGCAUCCCAGUUUAAGGGUGUUGAUAUCUUGCUCACGUCCCCAUGGCCCAAGUAUGUGGGGAGCUUUGGGAAUUCUUCUGGAGAAGUGGAUACCAAAAAAUGUGGCUCAGCUUUGGUCUCCAGUCUUGCUGUAAGCUUGAAACCAAGGUAUCAUUUUGCUGCUUUGGAAAAGUCAUAUUAUGAGAGACUUCCGUACCGAAACCAUGUUGUUCUACAAGAAAGCGCGCAGCAUGCCACCCGCUUCAUAGCGCUGGCCAAUGUUGGGAAUCCGGAAAAGAAAAAGUAUCUUUAUGCAUUCAGUAUUGUUCCCAUGAAGCUAAUGGCUGUAGCAGAACUGGUAAAGCAGCCUCCAGAUGUCACUGAGAAUCCUUACCGAGAAUCUGGAAAGGAAGCAGCUGUAGGAAAACAAAUUCCUGCCCCUCAGGAAGAACCUGCCUGUCAAUUCUUCUUCGAUUUGAAUGAAAAGCAGGGAAGGAAGCGGUCAUCCACAGGCAGAGAUAACAAGCCUCCUCAGGCCAAGCAGCCUCGCAGACCUCCUCAGCCUCCAGGACCUUGUUGGUUUUGCCUUGCCAGCCCUGAAGUGGAAAAGCAUUUGGUGGUCAACAUUGGCACACAUUGCUACCUCGCCCUGGCUAAAGGAGGCUUGUCUGAUGACCAUGUCCUCAUCCUGCCUAUUGGACACUACCAGUCAGUCGUGGAGCUCUCAGCAGAGGUGGUGGAAGAAGUGGAGAAGUAUAAGGCUACUCUGAAACGCUUCUUUAAGAGUCGAGGGAAGCGCUGUGUUCUAUUUGAAAGAAACUAUAGGAGCCAUCACCUCCAGCUUCAGGUCAUUCCUGUGCCCCUCAGCUGCUGUGCUACAGAUGACAUUAAAGAUGCCUUCAUUACCCAGGCCCAGGAGCAACAGAUAGAGCUGUUGGAGAUUCCAGAGCACUCAGACAUCAAGCAGAUUGCACAGCCAGGAGCAGCGUAUUUUUAUGUUGAACUCGACACAGGAGAAAAGCUUUUCCACAGAAUUAAAAAGAAUUUUCCUUUGCAAUUUGGAAGGGAGGUGCUGGCCAGUGAAGCCAUCCUCAAUAUUCCUGACAAGGCUGACUGGAGGCAGUGCCAAGUCAGUAAGGAAGAGGAGGAGACCCUGGCUCGCCGCUUCCGGAAAGACUUUGAACCUUUUGACUUCACCCUGGAUGACUAGGCAAAGGGAAGGCACUGUAUGGACAUCGCGGGAAAUUGUUGCAGCCUGUUUUUCAAAUGAAACUGCAGUCUCCCGUGGGGGCUGCCUCCCUGCCUCUGUUCCAGAUAUCCCCAUGGAACCUGCUUGCAGCACCAAGAGACCUAGGAAAGUCACUCUGAGAUGCAACUGUGUGUUAGAAGAAUGUCUGCUACGUAUUUCUAAGAAGAGCUGUGUUUGUUCAUAUCUUCACAAAUCUUUGAACCUUUGAGGUUGGGUGUAGUUGCUCAUGCCUGUAAUCUCAGAAAUUGAGGAGCUGUGGCAGGAAGAUUGCUGGGAAUUCAAGGCCAGUCUGGUCUACAUAGUGAGUUCCAGACCAGUCUGGGCUAUUGAUGUGAUACCCAUGCAGGCGGAUUUGCUAAAUGGUCUUAUUAAUAAAAACCUGGAGCCAGA